AAUUUGUAGUGUUCCCUAAGUUUUUUAAAAUCCUACUAUUCUCUAUGGCUGUCAGUGUUUGGUCCUCUGUUGGGAAAGAUCUAGGGUUAACUUUUCUGUAACCUUCCAUGGAACUGAGACCCCCCAAAAAGGGGCCUAGCUUAGGCAAUGCACUGGGGGAGUCCAUCCUCAUGACCUAGGUUUACUGGUUACUGUCCUCCAGGGGGAAGAUAUGUACUGCCUAGAGGACAGGGAAGUGGGGGGCAGCUCAGAGACUGUGAGCUGGUGGCUGCCUACCACCUCAGGAAAAGCUGCUAGAAUCCGCUGUUGGUAAAACAUGAAACUAGGGUGGCACCUAAAGGGGGGGGGCAGACCAGCGCCCCCAGCAGAGAAAUCAAAGACAGAGACCAAGGGCAGGGAGGGGACGGUGUCUAAGGCGGCUAAUGCCAGGCACCUCCUGGAAGACAGGCUUAGACCUCAAGAGCAGAGCGCCAGCUUUUCCCCAGAGAGAAGCCUCCACUUGACCUUGCCCAGUCCCUGCAGGAAGGUGCUGCUGGCCUCUGGAGACACAAGCUGCGCAGACCAAAGGUGCUUCUAGAAGUCACAUGAAGUAAGCAAGGCACUGGAAUGGAUGGAUCUUCAGACGGAAAGUGCAGCCUGGCCCAGGAGGUGGAGACGUGGUUCCCUGCGGAGGACACAGGGGAGCUUUGUGCCCUAGGCGAGGACGGGCCAGCGCUCCUCCGACUCUCCAUCCUCCCACGUCCCGGCCACGUCCCGGCAACAUGCACAGGCGUCUCUUCUGCACUCUGCUCAUUCCUGGACUGGCACAGCUCUGCUGCAGGGCGCAGGGCACUGUGCCAUCAGACACGACCCCUGAAGGAGGGCCCGCAGAAACAUCCCAAUUGGGUCACCGGAAACAGGUCUGUCACUGGCCCUGCCAAUGUCCUCCUCGGAAGCCCAGCUGUCCUCCUGGGGUGAGCUUGGUGAGAGAUGGCUGCGGAUGCUGCAAAGUCUGUGCCAAGCAACGAGGAGACCUGUGUAAUGAAGCUGACCUCUGCGACCCUCACAAAGGGCUGUACUGCGACUACUCGGCCGACAAGCCUAGGUACGAGACGGGAGUGUGUGCAUAUCUUGUGGCUGUUGGAUGCGAGUUCAACAGGGUCCAUUAUCAGAAUGGCCAAGUAUUUCAGCCCCACCCACUGUUCAGUUGCCUCUGUGUGGGUGGUGCAAUUGGAUGCACGCCCCUGUUCAUACCCAAGCUGGCUGGCAGCAACUGUUCUGCCACUGAAGGUGUAAGGAAAGCUGGUACAACCAACUGUGGCCUGGGACCAUCACAACAAGGGCGCUCUGCAGGCUACAGAGCAGUGCCAGCUUACAGGAACCUCCCGCUUACUUGGAAAAAGAAGUGCCUUGUGCAAGCAACGAAGUGGACUCCCUGCUCCAGAACAUGUGGAAUGGGAAUUUCUAACAGGGUAACCAAUGAAAACAGCGACUGUGAAAUGAGAAGAGAGAAGAGGCUAUGCUAUAUCCAGCCCUGCAACAGUAAUAUAGCCAAGACAGUAAAGAUCCCCAGAGGAAAAACAUGUCAACCCACUUUCCAACUCUCCAAAGCUGAAAAGUUCGUUUUUUCUGGAUGCUCAAGUACUCAGAGUUACAGACCGACUUUUUGUGGCAUAUGCCUGGACAGGAGAUGCUGCGUCCCCAACAAGUCUAAGAUGAUCACUGUUAGGUUCGACUGCCCCAGCGAAGGGUCCUUUCAGUGGCGGAUGCUCUGGGUCACAUCUUGUGUGUGCCAGAGAGACUGCAGAGAACCAGGAGAUAUGUUUUCUGAGCUCAGGAUUCUAUAGA